UACACUAGCUCUCUAUCAGCUGCUUUGUAGUAUUUUUAGGUCUGUCAUCCCCUGGCUAUGCAGGCAGAACACAUCCCAGCCCCUGGCACAGUAUAUAUCUGGCCAGUGGUUCGAGGGGUGACAUCUCUACAUGGAGAUGGGCAGAGGACCGUGAUUUUGAAGCAAACGCUGAAGCACACACUAUCAAACAGAACGAGGCAAAACACAUAGACAAAACACACAACCACAAACAGACACACACUUGCACAGGCCAAGCAAGGUUCAAGGCAAGACUCUUAAGGUAAGACAUCUGUUGUGAUACCCACAGGACUGGACAACAUGGGCAAUGUUCUCCAGCCGAAAAGUGAAGAGGCUCCAAAAUCAAAAAGUCAGAUUCUUAGUGGUGUUGACAUCCAAGUCAGUCGCCGCCACAACUGCAAUAACAGCAACAACACCAAAGUGACAGAGGAGCCAUAUCCUCUAAAUAAGCAAAACACUGCCUCACAGGGGGACAGCCUUCAACCUCCAGAAAGGGACUUAAAAGCCCCUGCUGAUGACACCUCCCCGACUUCAUCUGAAGAAGUGGCAGGUAAAUCUGUCAUCAAACAGGCCUGGAAGCUGGAGGUGGGAAAGCCAGCGAGCGGCAAAAAGCAGAGUGGCGUCGCAACAUCCCCUUCCAGCACAUCUGGUGUCAUUUCAGUGAAGAGCGCUGUGUUUGAAAAGUGGGCCGCCAUAGACAGGGAGUUCCAACGGCCGCUGGCAAAAAGGCAGCUGUCCGAUGAGAGCAAGGCGUGCACCGUCAGCAGGGUGAGGAAGAGUGCAGCGCGCAGAGAUCCCACAGAGGGACAGCAGACACCUCAUGCUGACACAGCCCAGACAAGGCAAACAGAGAGCAGUGGGCCACAGCUAGCUGGAAAUGCACAAGUCACACACAGAAAACUCCAAAGAGAACUUUUCUCAACCACGGAUGUCUUCAGAAAGGUUGAUGCCCAUGCUAUCAAAGCCGGCAAAGAGCUAAGAAGCAAGGAGAUCUACUCUGUGCAGAUGAUCACACAAGCCAUAACUGAGGGUGCACAAACUGAGCUGCAGAAACUUCGGGCAAUCUGGACAUGGCUUUGCCACAACAUCGAAUAUGAUGUAAGUGGAUACUUGGGACUGACAAAGAAGGUGACCUCACCUGAGCAGGUCAUCGAGACAGGCCGGGGCGUGUGCUGCGGAUACUCCACUGUGCUUCAGCUGAUGUGCAGGGUGGUGGGGAUAAAGUGUGAGGAGGUGUCUGGUCAUGGUAAAGGUAUUGGGUUUCGGCAAGGCCAAACAUUCCAAAACACUAAAUCCAGCCAUAUGUGGAAUGCAGUGAAUCUGCAGGGCCACUGGUACCUGUUGGAUUCCUGUUGGGGCGCAGGCAGCGUGGACAUGGACAAUAAAGCUUUCAUCAAAAGAUAUGAUGAUUUCUACUUCUUGACUGAUCCUGAAAACUUCAUCAACUCUCACUGUCCAGAUGAGCCUGAAUGGCAGCUACUGGAUGAGCCUAUCCGGCUGGAAGAGUUUGAGAAGAGGGUCAUGAAAACGUCUGAAUUCUACCGGCUGGGUCUCACCCUUAUUUACCCCAAACAUUUUUUCCUAGUGACAGAGAACGGUGAAGCUUCCGUCUCCAUGGGUUUCUCCCAGCCACUGGAUUUUACGUACCAAGCCUCCCUGCGAAGCGGAGCGGACCAAGAGGAACCGAGCACAUCCAUCGGGCUGCUCACAGUCACCACAGGAAGCAUGAAGCUGAAGCUGAUGCCCCCGGUGUGUGGCACGUUUGACAUCAUGGUGUUCGCCCGGCCUGCCAACGCCACAGGGAUGUUCAGCUGGGCGUGCUCCUUCCUGCUGGAGUGUCCGGAGCCUGCACCUGUCCGGGAGCUCCCAGAAAACCCCUUCUUGUCCUGGGGCCUACAGCAGAAUGCUAAGAGCCUAGGGCUGAAGCUAUGCCAGCAUGGCUCAGACGUCACAUUACUGGAGUCUGGCUCCUUCGAGUUGGUUCUACACACCACCAGACCUCUCAUGAUGCUAUGUGAAUUAACCCACCGAGACCUCGAUAAAACAGUGGCCAAGCGAUGUCUGGCAACACAAAUUGAACCUACCCAGCUCACCUGUCAUGUACUCUGCCCUUAUAUCGGUUACUAUCGGCUGUCUGUGUUUGUCCGGGACUAUGAGAGUGUGGGUGACAGCUUCCAAAAUGCAGGUAAUUUCCUGCUCCAUUGCACUGCUGGUGCCAUCAAUCUCAACGAGCUCUUUCCAGCCAACCUCAGCACCUCCUGUGGCCCAGGUGUGAGAACAGUCAAUGCUGGUCUCUCCAAAUUCAGCCACACGGCAGCCCAGCUCAGCACACAGCAGGGCAAAUGUAAUAUCACCUUCCACAACUCACAAGACCUGGAGCUGCACACCGUGCUUUCCAAGGAGCCCCGCAAGCGGCCCGGGCAGCCCCUCUCCAGGCACGUGUUCUUCACCUACCACGCCAGCAAAGUCACCAUCAGCAUUGCCCUGCCAGAGGCUGGUGUCUACAAGCUGAGCCUUUAUGGCAAAACCGCCGGCUCUGCCAACCAAGACUUCAACCUGCUUUGUGACUUUGUCCUGCGGAACAGCUCAGAGACCUCCUGGCCACCGUUCCCCUGCAGCUACACGGCCUGGCAGAAGGGCUACGUGCUGUUUGAGCCUCGCAGCGGCUCGCUGGAGCCGGGGUCCUGGGUGCGCUUCCGUGUGAGGGUGCCCGGCGCCCAGCGGGUGAGCGUGCAGGGCGAGCAGCGCACGGAGCUGCAGCUCAACAAGAGCCGCGUGUGGGAGGGGGAGGUGUUCACAGGAACCAGCGCCCCCCAGCUCAAACUGGCUGCCGCGGGUACUGCAGGCUGUGGCGAAGGCUCCAACAGCAUGGCCAUCAUCAUGUCCUUUGACGUUUUGAGUGGACAGAAUGAGCUGUGAGAUGAGCAUUGGCUUGAGUUGAGAAAGGUGUUUUAGGGCUCACACUGUGGUGGGAAUCAAUACAUUAUGGUCGGAUGACAGGAUGUGAACUGUGAAAUUACAGUGAUAACAUGUUUUGCAGUGCAUUACUACAGAUAAUUAAUGUGUCCUUUGGUGCAAACUCAAUUAUGAGGACUGGAAUUAAAAUUCAUGCAGUGUGGAGUAUAUUGUACACAAGCAUUACCUUCAUGAAAUGCAAAAUCUGUUUUACAAUGAUACAUUUUUUCUGUGUUUUGUUGUGUAUUUCCAUGUACUGUAUAUCUGUAAAUCAUUUAAGCCUGUCAAAUACCUAUAUUAUUUGGAGUCUCACGGGGCUUGAAUAAAUAUCAAGCUAUAUUUAUCACAGUGUAGAGCUGGCUAUCUGACCAAUAAUUAUGUGUAGUUGCUCAUAAAUGGUAAAACAUUA